AUGCCCGAACCUCUUCUCUGGAUCACCAAGACUCAAGGCUCCACAGUCUUAUCGCGAAGUUCAAAGACGGAAACCCGACAGAUUCGCAAACAUGUCCAAAGUCAAAGGGCACGAGCAGCUCAAAGCGCAGCAAAAGCCUCUGCCGGUCGCAAGGACAAGGACUCGUCGCCAGAGCAAAAACCGACUGAAGCGCCGACGAAGAAAAUGCGUGGUCUCCGUCUUGACACCAACGUAGCCCCCGAACAGUCAGAGACUGCCGAACAGCAACAACGUGCUCUUUUGUCCGCCUCACUGUCCCCCACAAGUCAUUCUGGUCGAGUACUCCAGGCCAUAAGCACAUUCCCGGGGCUGGAACCACAGGAGCUCCGGAGCCUGGUUUUCUUCUGCCAGUUCACAGGCCCACAGUGGUCGGGCUGGAGAGAUGCCGCCUUCUGGAACAAACUGAUCCUCCAGGCCUGUCAUCUGGAUCGAUCCAUACUCCACGGGGUAGUUGCCCUGGGCGCGUUACAUGAAUCCUCCGAACUGGAUGGCGAGUCAGACGAAAGAUCCAACCUACAGCAAUUGGCCCUUCGCCAGAGCAGCAAGGCUUCUCGAAUGGCUUUUGAGACGGCCGUCUCCGAAAUCGCUACUCUAAUCUCAUGUAUCAUCUUCAUCUGUCUGCAAAACCUACAAGACAGCCAUACUGCCUACCAGUUGCUACGCUCGGGCCACAGUCUCAUCACGGAUAUUGAAGACCGGUUGCUGUCUGGUGAAUUGGUCCUUGCCGACAGCGAGAAGACAGUGCUGAAUAAUUUCCUUCGACCCAUCAUUGAGCGACUUCGAAUGAGGUUCUGCUGUAUUGUCGAUAUGCCCUCGGCGCUCGCUCUCAGUGCCGCACUCAAGCGGAAUCAGUCAGAGUCAUUCCUACCAACACCUGAAAUACCAUACCGCUUCAACAGUCUGCUCGAGGCGCGCAACAAGCUCGAGGAGAUUGUCGAUUGGGCGCAGGAAAACAUUGACCCUGCUUUACCAACUUGUAAGAACAAAUCACAGACACAAUUAUUCAUAUCAGGUUGGAUCGCCGCUCUUGACGAAACUGGCAUCACUGUGUCGGAACGCUACGACACAUUGGCGAUAUCAAAGAAGCUUCUCAGGGCUUCUGGUCUGGUUGCAUCCAUCCUCUUCGACACACUUGCGACACAGGAAGAAUGUUGCUACGAUGCUCAUGUGGAAAAGUUCUCGCAAAUUAUUGACCUUUACAAGGAUGCAUUGACCGACCCGUCCAAGAUUCUCAAAAAUGUCUCCUUUGGCAUUGACUCUGGUGUGAUAGACACUCUAUCCUUUGUUGCUGGAAGGUGUCGUGAUCCAAUCAUCCGCAGAUCAGCCAUCGAACUGUUGACAAGGACGAACAGAACCGAGGGCGACCUACAAGGGAGAACAGGUAGCACCAUCCUCCAAACAUUGGUUGAGCUUGAAGAAGGAGAUCUCCUCGUCACCUCGGCCUCUGAUGUUCCCGAGACCCAGCGCUUGCGUAUUUGGGAAGACCACCAAUAUUGGGAGACGGGACAGAUUCAUAUCUACUUUGUGAAAUGGCCAUAUGACCCUGCUGUGGGCGCAGAGAUCAAACUUGUGAGGGCCUAUCUACCGAUGAAUUCCCUGAGGACAGCCAAAGAAAAGGCGCUUCCUGGCAGCCCUAUUGGCUUGCCCAACGUGAAGUAUGGCCGCGGUGUGGGAGCAUUCCUGGAGGAGGGAUCUCAGACUUACCAUCAGAUCACGCUUUCGUCCUUUUUCAUGCCCAUGCCUAGGCUAUGA